AUGAAGAAUAGUGUCAUAUUUGAUUGUUUUGCCGAACACCGCAAUAACAAAUGGAACAACCUCCUUGGAUCCCUCAACGAAAGCUCAAACGCGUGGACACGCUUCUAUAGACUAAACCGGGCCCUCAUACGCAAACCUCAACCUUCUCGCCCUCCCAAGGACGCAUCGGGCAACACCAUCUUUGACCCCAAGUCAAAAGCUGAUCUGCUGGCCGACUCUUUGGAGGCUCAAUUUCGGUCCCCUCCUGGAAACGUCAUCAUUGAUUCUUUGGUCUACGAUAAACUGAUACGUCAGCGCACUACUCCGUCCACCACCACUUCGUUCUUCUCACCUGCAGAAGUCUGGAACGUAAUCAAAUCGCUCCCCAGUCGUCGCGCCCCUGGGCCUGAUGGCAUCAGCAACUAUGCGCUCAAAAACUGUGGACGCAAAACCAUAACAUAUUUAUGUCGAAUAUUCAACUGGUGCAAACGACUCAACUACUUCCCACUGCCGUGGAAACAUGCCACAGUCAUCCCUAUUCCGAAGCCUGGUGCGAUCGCUUGCUUUGCUUUGUUAGAGGACUCUGCUUUGCUUUGCUUUGGGGGGAUGGAUGAGCCGUGA